AUGGGCGGCUCACACAAGACAGCUCCCAGGAAGGCGAAGGACUCGAAAUCUACCCGCUCGACUCGUCCAUCUGGAACUGAGAGCACGAAGGACUCCAGCAGAAGCUCCAGGGCACAGGCAAGCAUGAGCACAUCCGCUGCGUCACAAGUAUGUCUUCCCAACUCCCUUUGCGCGCCUACUCGACAUCCUUUCACGCGAAUACCCACGCCACGGGGUAGACCGCCCAGACACAAGCCUCCUCUCUGUCCGACUACUAUCCGUACCAAGCCAUCGAUCAUCACAGCUAUCUCGCCGGCCAUCCACUCUACCCCACGCCCCACCCCUGCGUCGACCCCUACUGCCGCGAUCCCGACUGCUACACCCACGCGCACGCUUCAACGCUGCAAGGCUACUACCUUCUUGGUGUGGGCACGCGCUUUCGACCACGACCAUGACGACGAGGACGACCGAAACGAGGGCAGGGCGUCACUGAUUAGCACGACCGGCAUGUUCCUUCCCCUCGUCCCUCGACCGCGCGGCGUUGCUGGUGCGCUCGCCGUCCCCGAGGACAACAACGACACCAUUUCUUCGCUCGAUCCCGUUGACACUGAGGGAUCAGUCUUGGAGGCUCUCACCAAACGUGCCACCGAUCCCGCCAACCUCGGCUGGAUCAACAAGUGGGCGGCCGUCGGCGACAGCUACACUGCGGGCAUCGGUUCAGGUGUUCCUCUUGGAAAGACUGGAGUGCUACGGCUGUCCAGUUAUUCUUUGAACGCUCAUACCAACUAUGGCUGUCGUCCACCUCCGACUUCCUCCCUGUCCAGUGCUGCCGGAUCACCGUCUCGUUUGUUGUUAAAAAGCGGCAUGCUGUGCAGCUGA